AACCAAUACUCCUCUCUCAGUACACAUCGUUUUAAAGCUCAAACAAAAAGAGAUCAAACUAGUUUGAGUAGAUCUAGAGGAGUGUUUGGUUCUUUGGAUAACAAAAUCCUAAACAAAACAAAAAAUGGCUAAGUCAUGUGGAGCUCUCUUCCUCUUGGCCCUCGUUGUCUUCUUCAUGCUCCAAACCAUGGUUGCCUCAAAGAAAUCUCCAGGGAAGUGGGACCCAAAACGUUAUUAUGGACCAGGAAGCGUGAAACGUUCCCAAUGCCCAAAGGAGUGCGAUAGGAGGUGUGGAGAUACACAGUACCACAACGCGUGCAUCUUGUUCUGCAACAAAUGCUGCAGAAAGUGUUUGUGUGUGCCUCCGGGUUACUAUGGAAACAAACAAGUUUGCUCUUGCUACAACAACUGGAAAACUCAACAGGGUGGACCAAAAUGCCCUUGAAAAAACUCCCAAUCGGUUUUAACAGUAUCGUUUCCUUUUUAUAAUAAAAGUUUUCGAUGAUAGUUAUAUUCCACUCUGAUCAAUUGUUGGUUUUGUGUUUCUUGUUCUAUCUAUUUUUGUUCCUAAAUGUUGUAACGUUAUGCCACUCCUUUGGGAUUUUGUUCACAAAUCCUUUAAAAAUAUGAGAGUGGCCUAUGGAUGAAUGAUAUUUUC